CGGCUGUUUAUGUCACUCCUCUGUCCAAAUACGUCAUCCAUUCCCUUGCAAAUAAUGAGAGGACUGAGCAAGGGAGCAUAACUGUAGUGAUGAAUUUCACUUGGUUUUUGUCAUUUUGGAUCUGAAGCCCUGCCAAGUAAUGGAGAAAAGACGUUGUCGGCUCAGCAAGUUUUGUAUUCUGUGUGUCCUUUUAACCUUUGUCUCAGUAGCAACCAUUAUCACUCUGUGGACUAUUGCCCUGUCAGGAGGAGAUGAAGGUGAUCAUGCUGUCGCUCCUUGGGACAGGUAUCGUCUGCCCACUUCUCUGAUCCCUCUUUCAUACAACAUUACCUUGUGGCCUCGGUUAAGCCCUGACCCCGACUCUGGUCUCUUCAUCUUCACUGGCACAUCUACUGUGGAGUUUGAGUGUGCAAUAGAAGCCGAUCUGGUCCUGAUCCACUCAAACAAACUCAACUAUACUGUGCUGGAGAACAAACACAUUGCCCGGCUUCGUGCUUCAGGCAAUGGUUACGUUCCAAGUAUUAGAUCCACCUGGUUGCAGCCAAAGACACAGUACAUGGUGGUUCAGCUAAAUGACAUUUUAACCAAAGACGAGACAUACCUUCUGCACACUGAGUUCACUGGAGAGCUGGCUGAUGACUUAGCUGGCCUUUACAGAAGUGAAUAUGUGGAGGAUGGAGCCAGAAGGAUUAUUGCUAGCUCUCAGAUGCAUCCAACUCACGCAAGAAAAACCUUUCCUUGUUUUGAUGAACCAGCUAUGAAAGCUGUUUUCAACAUAACUCUCAUCCACCCACCCCAAACUGUAGCCUUGUCCAAUGGCAAUGAAACAGAGGUUGUUAACACCACUAUUGACGGCAUAGCUGUGACAAGGACCAGAUUUGAGCCAACUAAGAAAAUGUCAACAUAUCUAUUGGCUAUUGUCAUCUCAGACUACACACACCUCAAUUCUAUGCAAGAUGACAUCUUGUUACGUGUCUGGGCCCGGAGGAAGUCCAUGGAGCAAGGACAAGGAAACUAUGCGCUCAGUGUGACGGGACCCAUUUUGGAAUUCCUUCAAUUCUAUUACAACAUCUCCUAUCCUUUGAGGAAGUUGGAUCAAAUCGCUCUGCCAGACUUCUAUUAUGGGGCGAUGGAGAAUUGGGGUUUGGUUACAUACAGAGAAACCAAACUGCUAUACAGCCCUUUGACCUCCUCCAGUCAAAAUAAACAGAGCACAGCCACCAUCAUUGCCCAUGAACUGGCACACAUGUGGUUUGGUAACCUGGUGACCCUGAGGUGGUGGAAUGAGGUGUGGCUCAAUGAGGGCUUUGCUUCUUAUGUCUCUUAUCUAGCAGCUGACUAUUAUGAGCCAACAUGGGGCUUGAAGGAUCAGAUAGUUCUCAUAGAAACCCACAGAGCGUUUGCAGUUGAUGCCUUGACCUCCUCUCACCCUUUGUCUUUGAAAGAAGACCAUAUUCUACUGCCUGAGCACAUCAGUCAGCAGUUUGACACCAUCUCAUACAGCAAGGGUGCAGCAGUCUUGAGAAUGUUGUCUUGUUUCCUGUCAGAGCCCGUCUUCGUCCAAGGAGUCAAUAAAUACUUGAGCCACUUUGCCUACAGUAACACAAUAGGAAAUGACCUAUGGGACAAUUUACAAAUGGCGGUGAAAGCCAACAAUAUAUAUCUUCCUCGUCAAGUUCAUGACAUCAUGAAUCGGUGGAUACUCCAGAUGGGCUUCCCUGUCGUUACCAUUGAUACUUCCACAGGACAAGUAUCUCAGAAGCAUUUCUUGCUGGACGCUCAGUCCAACAGAUCCUUGCAAUCACCAUAUAACUAUGAGUGGCUAAUUCCUAUUCAAUGGAUGAAGUCCGGUGAGGUCCAAAGAGAUACCUGGUGGCUGUUGAAGAAAACAGCUGUAAACAUGAAGAUGAAGAGUGACGGCUUGUGGAUUCUUGCUAAUAUCAACGUCACAGGUUAUUAUCGGGUAAAUUAUGAUCUAGGAAACUGGGAAAGACUUCUUUCUCAGCUCAUCAAAGAUCAUCAGGUUAUACCACUAACAAACAGAGCCCAACUUGUAGAUGAUGCCUUUAAUCUGGCCAGAGCUCGUCUCGUCUCUGCCUCACUUGCUCUGAGAACCACAUCUUAUUUAUAUGCUGAGACUGAGUACAUUCCCUGGCAAACUGCUUUGAAUAACUUUCACUAUUAUUACCUUAUGUUGGACCAAACCGAGGUCUACCACCCUAUGCAGGAGUACUUGAAGAAGUUAGUUACGCCUCUCUACCUGUAUUUCAAAAACAUGACAUCAGAUUGGAUCCAGAUUCCUCAGAGACACACAGACCAGUACAAUCAGGUGAAUGCCAUCCAAAUGGCCUGUCAGACUGGAAUAACACAGUGCCAAAAAUUGACCAGCACUUGGUUCGAACAAUGGAUGCUAAACCCUCAACAUAACUCGAUCCAGCCACACCUGAGAGAUGCAGUAUACUGCAGUGCCAUAGCAUCUGGGGACGAGGCGGAGUGGGAGUUUGGCUGGGCCCAGUUUAAGAAUGCAUCUGUGGCCAGUGAGGCAAAUAAACUCAUGUCUGCCUUAGCGUGUAGCAGCAACACACAAUUGUUGGAAAGGUAUCUCUCGUACACAUUAAUGCCAGAUAUGAUUCGAAAGCAGGAUGCCGCGACAGUCAUUGGGGCUGUGGCCAGCAACAGACUGGGUCAGGAAUUAGCGUGGAACUUUGUGAGACUUCAAUGGGACUUCAUGUUUAAUGGAUAUGGUGGUGGCUCCUUCAAUUUUGCCUCAAUCAUUGAUGAUGUCACAGCAAGGUUUUCCACACCUGUCCACUUACAACAGCUGGAGGAUUUUGUGACUGAACACCAUGCCACAGGCUUUGGUUCAGCAACUAUGGCAGUGGAGCAAGCAGUGGAGAGGACCAGAGCAAAUAUCAAAUGGCUAGAGCAGAACAAACAGGAGAUCCUCCACUGGUUCACCAGCCAGACCUACCAGUGAAGAUUUUGUAUCUUGACAAGAUUUGAUGCAAACGUAAUACUUAACAUUAUGAAAUCACCUGAUAAUGGCCCAAUGUUUUCUAUACACACACGAAAAUAAAGUAGCAGAGCAUGUGUGUGUGUCUGUGUGUGUGAUCAGCAAUGCAUUUAUGCAUAACACUUACCUGUUAAGAUUUUGUGACUUUUGCAACUAAGACAAAGUCACUGGUUUUAUUAAUUAAUUGAAAACCACAUUUAUGUUGCUGUUAAAGCCAGGGGCAGAGUGUGACCACAAAUAUUUUUUACAGAAGAAUGUCACUAUUUUACAAUUACUGCACCCGGGCUAACACUUUAUUCCGCUCGGGGAGAGAAGCUAUGCUCAUGCUAGAAUUUAUAGUUACAAAAUUGUGGUUUAUAGUAAGAAUUUAGUAUUACAAGCCAAUGUAGAUCUACAGUCGAUAUAAAAAGUCUUCACCUCUUAUUCUGACUUGUAAAACUUGAUUAAAAAAAACAACGAGCACAUGCCUGUUCAUGGUCUUGCCACCACCAUGCUCGUGGGAGUUUUUAAGGUGGUUUUAUGAGGGUUGUCCUUAAAAGGCACACAUAUUUUUGUGUGCUAGCCAGAUGGAGCCUGGCUGGUAUUAGCAAAUGGUCGGGCUCUUUCAGACCAUCUGCUUAUGCAGGCGUUACGCAGGGCUCCUUCUGGUGAAUGCAAUUGUCAGUGCCCAUGACGCAGAAGUAAUUCAGGAGUUUCUGAGUGAUGAAGGCAUAUGAUGCUAUUGAUUGGCCCCUCCUUGAAGCAAGCAUCGUUGCUUCCACUGUCUCCGAUGCAGGAGACCUUGGUAGGGGUCUGGCAGGAAAUUCCGCUUGAAUAUUCCUAGAUGAGGGUAGUUACAGCCAAUCAUUUUUGUCAAUUGUAUUGAAGCUGGUCUCUAGAAGAUUUGCGGACUCAUUUAUGAAUAUAAAUUUGCAUCAAAGCUUAUUCUGGUCUCAUUUUAGUAAUAUGCAUCUUCAAAGAUUACAAUAUCUGAUUUUAUAUCUGAGUUUAUGUACAGUAUGAGUAUGCAUGUGUUGUUUUUCGGUCAUGGAAUAAAUAAAUGUACUUCAAAGACUGCAAAGCAUGGACAAUUUUGCUUUAAUGAUCAGAUUUGUCAUUGCCACAAAUACACAUGUAAUAAAUAGAAAUCAAAUGAUACCAAGAACCACCAAUAAAAUGAAAGACAAUCAUUUGCACUUGGAACAAA